AUGUUAUUGCAAAGGGAUGAUGUAAUAGCUAAAAGAGAAAAGGGGAUAUUGUGGAUAGCACCCUGUAAGACAGAUAGAGUUCCGCUUCCAACCAUCGAAUUUACUGGUGGAUUAAUAAAUAAAUUCGAAAUCGAGAAAAUUAAUGCUGAAUCGAAACUUCUAAGCUACCAUUACGACACAACUACUUCAAUAUCGUCUCACCAAAGGGGCGAUUCUAUCUGGGAAGAAAUUGCUGAACAAGGAGAAUCAACAAAUCGAAUCGAAAAGGAAUUUGACCAAGUUAUUCAAUCCAUCCAAGAAGAACUUGAAAGCGUAGCAACAAAUGGGAAAUUUUAA